CAUACAAUCUGUAAUAUUGCUUGUCAGAGGCGUAACAAAAAAAUCUAAAGAGCCAAUAUUUUGUAGAAAACCUGCUGUUUAAUCAGUUUAUAAGAUGUCCUCCCGCUAUGAUCGAGCUGUUACCAUAUUCUCGCCGGACGGUCACCUGUUGCAGGUGGAAUACGCCCAGGAAGCCGUUCGUAAGGGCUCGACGGUGGUUGGCGUUCGGGGGGCCAAUUGCGUGGUGCUGGGCAUGGAGAAGAGCUCGGUGGCCAAGUUGCAGGAGAAUCGCACGGUGCGCAAGAUUAACAUGCUCGACAACCAUGUGGGAAUGGCCUUUGCCGGCCUAACAGCCGACGCCCGGAUCCUCAUAAAUCGAGCCCAGGUCGAGUGCCAGAGCCAUCGACUUAAUUUCGAGAAUGCGGUGACCGUGGAGUAUAUUACCAGGUACAUUGCCCAGCUGAAGCAGAAGUACACGCAGAGCAACGGGCGCCGACCCUUUGGAAUAUCCUGUCUUGUAGGUGGCUUCGAUGCCAGUGGAACUGCCCGUCUGUUUCAGACGGAACCAUCCGGAGUUUUCUACGAAUUUAAGGCGACUGCUAUUGGUCGCUCAGCAAAUACUGUGCGGGAGUUCUUCGAGAAAAACUAUAGCGACGAGGAAGUAAGAACCAAUCGGGGAACCUUUAAACUGGCCAUUAGCGCCCUUCUCGAAGUCGCCCAGUCGGUCCACAGUCACCUGGAGUUGGCCAUCAUGGAGAUCGAUUCACCACUGAGAAUGAUGGAAAGCAAGUUAAUCGCCGAAUUUGUGAACAUCAUUGAGAAAGAUAAGGUUCAGGAGCUCGAGAGGAACGCGAGGAAAAUGAACAAACUUUAUACUGGAUCCUAAAUCUAUUCUAUCAUCUUGGCAGAUGUUCAUUGACUCGUUGAAUUAAUCGUUUUCCUUAAUAUUUUUUAUAUUCCUUGAUUUGUGUGUUAAUGAUAAUGUAUAUUUAGU